UGGCGUCGUUUUAGCGACGAUCGGUCAGAACACGCGGUACCAUCGUUGUGAGAAGACCUUUGGUCGACGAACGUCGCGGACCGGUUAUAGUCAGUCGUAUUCCUCACCUCGGAUCGCGUUGAUCGCACGAGCUCGAUUCUCCUCAAUAAAUACCGAAAUUUCGACACACCUCCGGAUGCCGUCGCUCAGGACCUUCCGCAUAGAGUUCGACAGGCCGGGCGCUACCUUCGCGCCCGGCGAAACCGUCACUGGCAACGUCAUCGUAGACCUGGCCAGGGAGAAGACGAUCCGAGCGCUGAAAGUGUCUAUCAGGGGAGAGGCCAAUGUUAGCUGGGAGAGAAGAAGGACCACCAAGGAUAGCGGUGGACGCAAUCAGUACCAUGUUGAUCAUUUCCGAGCAAGCGAGCAGUAUUUUAACCUGACUUAUUACCUAUUAGGAAGUACAUCAGGCAAUGGGGAGGUACGGAUGCCAGUGGGGUUUAAUAAACAUCCUUUUAAUUUCACACUACCCUAUAAUAUACCGUGCAGCUUCGAACACAAGAACGGUCACAUUCGAUACACGACGAAGGCCGUCAUCGACAGACCGUGGAGAUUCGAUCACGAGAGCAAAAUUGCGUUUACCGUCGUCUCAUCUUACGAUCUGAACGCCCGCAGUCAUCAGUGUAUCGGCGUGGAUGAGGAGGAGAACGAAAGUUACUGUUGUUUCUGUUUCUUCAACUUGGGUUCGAUGAAGAUACGUUUCAGAAUACCGACGACGGGGUUCGUUCCGGGACAAUCGAUAGAGACUAUGGUCGACCUCAACAAUACCAGCAGGGUCGAUGUGACAAAGAUCUGCGUUAAGCUGGAACGAUCCUUGGAAUUCCACGCGAUGACACCGUACCGUAAGACCAAGACGGACAAGUCGAUCGUAAAAGUGGAGCAAAACAUGGGUCCAUUUGGCCAGCAAGCCAACAUUACGUCGCGAUUACAGGUCCCGCCAAUAUCGCCGUCCCAAUUGGAGUAUUGCAAUAUAAUAGAUCAGAAAUAUUCCGUGCGCAUUACAGUCCACGUCGCUGGAACACAUUGCAGCGUCACCAGGACUUACCCGAUCUUGAUCGGAACAAUUCCGUUACAAUCUACCAUUACAUCCGCAUCCUAUAUGCAACCAAUAUCGCAGCCUACCGCUCCUGUAAUGCAGUACGAUUAUGAUCCACCACCACCGAUGCCGACGUCUCCAGAAUACGGACCACCGAACGUGCCCUAUCCUCUACCAUUAGGUUUUGCCUCUCCGAAUCAGCCUGGCACGUCGACUAACCCGUGGGACAUACCACCGCCGUCGUAUGAAGAAUGUAUGCAAAGAGCGGAUAGCAUCAAAGACGAAGACGAGUCGAACUACGUGCACGGCGCCAACGAGCCCUUUGCACCAAGAUACCCGGUCUUUAAUUUCAAUACGCCAUACCCACCUGAAAAAUAAGCAGCAAUGAAAAUCCUACGCUGGAAAAGAAGCGGAAACACAAGGUGGACGGUGCACCACGCGGUACCAAUUAAAUUACUUCCACUCAGCGCGUUUGUGAUAACGAAGAAGCAAAUCGAGCAGUUCAAAACUGUUCAAGUUCGAGCUCUGAUCGCUACUACCUCAUAUAGCAUCUUGCGUGAAUGUCAUUCAACUUUUUUAAGUGUAAAUUAAUCACAUAUAUACGUAUUUUUAUACUCUAUCACACUCUGCUUAUAUAAUUACAAAUGUAUUGUGCGGCAUGUUUUAUGGCAAAAGAAGACAAAUUACAUACAAUGUACAACGAAGACUAUAACUUUACGAUACAUAGUUUGUAUGCGAUGUUUGUUCACAACGAUAAUUAACACGUUAGAGUGUUUUUCUUGAAGGAAGAUGAAGGAAUAAAGAGAAUAUUCCACAAGGGAUACGUAAAAAGGAGCAAUAAAGACAGUUAUGCCAAA